AUGGCGUCGAAGAUAGUCGUCAUCGGAGACGUCAACUGCGAACUGCAAGACGUCUUCACCAAGCUCUCCAAGCUGCAUAUCAAGCAGAACUUCUCCUUCGCCAUCAUCGUCGGCGACCUAUUCGGCGACUGCUCCACAGAGCACGAACUCGAGCAGAUCAGCGCUCUGCUCCAAGGCAACAUCGUCGUGCCUCUUCCCACCUACUUCACCCUGGGUAGCAGUCCUCUCCCCACGCGCAUCAUCGAGGCCAUCGAAUCCAAGGACGAAGUCUGCCCUAAUCUCUACUUCCUGGGUCGUCGCGGCACCCUCAAGACCUCCGAAGGCGUGCGUCUCGUCUCCUUAGGAGGCACUCUCGACCCCGACUCCAAAUCCUCCGAAAAAUACCACCCCUCUUACACCGAAUCCGACGCGCGCGCCCUCUACGGCGCCCACCAAGCCGACAUCCUUAUCACCCACCAAUGGCCCAAGGACAUCCGCGUCGGCUCCAAAGCCCCCUUCCCCGACACCGACACCCCCCCAACCGAACGCGAACCCUUCUUCCACCUCCCCACCGAGGACACCGACAACCCCGACGCCAAACCCCUCACCCGCUUCAUCAGUCUGGCCGCAUACAGCAAAACCACCAAAACCAAAUGGAUGUACGCCUUCACCCUCGACCCCAAGGCACCGCCAGCCCUCACCAUCCCCGCCGGCACAACCGCACCCCCCUUCGCUCCCAUCCCCACGAAACGCAAACCCCUCCAAUCCCAACGCGACUCCUACCACCGCUUCGCCGUUGACGACGAUCACGACAACCGCCCGCGCAAAAGACGCGCUCGCGCGCCCCCUCCAGGCCCAGACCAAUGCUUCUUCUGCCUCUCCAACCCCAACAUCGCAACCCACCUCAUCACCUCCAUCGGCGACGAAGCCUACCUCACCACCGCAAAGGGUCCCCUGCCCACCUCCAAGACCUAUCCCUCACUCAAGUUUCCCUCCCACAUGCUCAUAAUCCCCUUCUCCCACUCCCCCACUCUCUCCAGCAUCUCAGACCCCACAUCCAGACAAUCCACCUACGCCGAAAUGCACCGCUACCGCUCCGCCCUGCACUCCAUGCUGCGCCACCGCGCAAACAAUUCCCUGGGCGCAGUAACAUGGGAAGUCUCCCGCGGAAACGGAAUCCACAUUCACUGGCAAUUCCUCCCUGUCCCUGCUGAUCUCGUGCGCCGGGGCCUCGUCGACGCGGCGUUCAAGGUCGAGGCUGAGAAUCUGAAGUAUCCAAGAUUCGAAUCCCAAUCUCAACCUAAUGACGGUGAUGAGAGCGCGGAACCGGGUGACUUCUUCCGCGUGUGGAUUUGGGAGCCUCCGCAGCAGGCUGCUGCUUCAGACACUGAAACUGGAGCUGAGGCUCAGCCUGAGAAUAAGGAAGAGGACGGUAACAAAGGAAGUGAGAAAACGCUCCUCCUGCCACUUAGUCCGGACUUCCGGUUCGAUUUGCAGUUCGGACGCAGAGUCAUGGCCAAGUUGAUGGGGUUGGAGAAGCGCAUUAAUUGGAAGGAUGAUGUGCAGUCUGUUCAGGAGGAGGAGGCGGAUGCGGUGGCGUUUAAGGAAGCUUUUAAGGAGUGGGAUUUUACGCUGGAGUAG